CCGGUGGUGCUGAAGCUGCUGCGGAAGGAGCGGACUGACAGGUGGAGGUUCCUGAGGGAGUAUUGCAUCCACCUGUGCCUGAGGGGAGAGCUCACCUGUCUGCAGGGAUUACCUGUGGCCUUUGAGACAGACACACACUUUGCCUUCGGCCAGGAACUCGCACCUGCAGGGGACCUGUGUGGCCUCCUCACACCUGGGGUGGGCCUCCCCGAGCCGCAGGUGAAGCGCUGUGCCUCACAGGUAGCCUCAGCCCUGAGCUACCUGCAUGGCCACUCCCUGGUCCAUCGCGACGUCAAACUGGACAACGUCUUCGCCUUCGACCCCGAGUGUCACCUGGUGAAGCUUGGGGACUUUGGGCUCACCUGUGUGACAGGGUGCCAGGUGGGCCCCACCUCGGGGAGCCUCCCUUACGCCUCACCUGAGCUGUGCCACCUGCAAGGUGAGCAGAGGCUUCACCUGGAGCCCAGCGUGGACACCUGGGCCUUCGGUGUCCUCCUCUUCGCACUCCUCACCGGCACCUUCCCCUGGGGGGAGGCAGCACCUGGGGACCCUCUGUUCGAGGAGUUCCAGGUGUGGCACACCUGGUGGGCACAGCACACCUGGGGGAAGGGAGAGGAGGAUGCACCUGAGGUGCCAAACACCUGGAGAGGGGUAGGGGAGGCAGCGAGGGAGAUGCUGAGGGGGUUGAUGCACCUGGAGGCAGGGAGGAGGUGUCCACCUGGGGAGGUGGAGAGGUACCUGGAGAGAGCCUGGACAG